UCACAAAUCCCACAAAAACUCACAAGGAAGAAAAUCCUGGCACAAUCAUCAGGCAACAAGGAAGAAAGAGUCGUCGCCUCCACGCGCUUAUCCAACCGCGUCCCCCAAUCUCUUCUACUUAUAUACUACCUGUCUCGCCACAAUCCACUAUCCAAUCCAACCCACAAUCUAGCUAGCUCGCUCCUCCCCGCCGCCGCCGCCGCCGCAGUCGUCCACCACCAGCUCUCGACGGGAUGGGUUCGGGGAGCCGCGCGGCGUCGUGCCUGUGCUGCCCGUUCAAGUGCCUGGCGUGCGGGCUCUUCAGCUGCCUCUGCAGCAUCCUCGUCUCGCUCCUCGUCACCGCGGGGGUCCUCGCCCUCAUCCUCUACUUCGUCUUCCGCCCGCAGAUGAUCGCCGCCACCGUCGACUCCGCCUCCCUCGCCCAGUUCGCGCUCGGCACCCCGGCCAGCCCCGCGCUGCUCCAGUACAACCUCACGCUCGCCAUGACGGUGCGCAACCCCAACAAGCGGGUGGGGCUCUACUACGACAACGUCGAGGCCCUCGCGCUCUACGACGGCCAGCGCUUCGGGUUCGCGCCCCUCGACCCCUUCUUCCAGGGCCACCAGGCGUCCACGGAGGUGAAGCCGGCGUUCGGCGGCCAGCAGGUGCUGGAGGGGGACGUGACCCAGGCCAACCUCCGGACGCAGCUGGCGGGAGGCGCGGUGGAGGUGGAGGUGAAGCUCAACGCCAAGCUCCGCGUCAAGGUGUGGGCGUUCAAGGUGCCCGGGCCCCGCGCCAGGAUCAGCUGCCCGCUCUCCCUCCCCGCCCCAGGCGCCGCCCCCGCAUUCAAGCCCACCGACUGCAAAGUCUGGUUCUGAUUCCGCCAUCGGUUCGAUUCGAUUUGAUUCCUUGGUGCGUGCCGUGCGUUGCGUUUGGGGAUCUGAUCUCAUCUCUUCUCUCGAUUCGAUUGGUUGGUUGCGGGAUGCUGCUGCUCUGCGUCGCCGCCGUGGUCCGUCCAUUAGCAUGUAGAUCUUGGUAGUAGAGAUUUUCGCAUCUGGUACUGCCUUGUUAGCUUUGCACAUACUAUCGAUCGGUCGAUUACUGUUCUUUUGGUUCUUUGUUAGCAGGAGUACUACCCACCGUAUACUAUUACUAGUUCUUGGCCUGUAUUGAGAUCGUACUAUUCGACCAUUGUUGAUAUUUUCAUCGAUAUUCAGAUUUCUUAAAUUCA